AUGCAGUUAGUAGUAACUUCAGGCAAGCUUGAGCGAAUCCGAGAAGCCCAAACCGAAGCGGUAAGGGAAGAAAAUUGGAAGAAAGAACGUAUAAAAGGGAUGGUAAAAGAUCUUACGGAGGGAAGUAAUGGGAUGAAAUACCGGAAUGAUAGGAUUUGGGUCCCAAACACAUGUGGUGUUAAGAGUCUCCUGCUUGACGAGGCUCAUAAGUCUCGCUAUUCGAUCCAUCCCAGAGCGACUAAGAUGUAUAGAGAUUUGAAGCAAAACUAUUGGUGGUCGGGGAUGAAAAGGGAUGUGGUUAAAUAUGUGGAAAAAGUGUUUGACUUGUUUACAAGUCAAAGCGGAGCAUCAGAAACCAUACGUUACCACGCAAGCAUCGGUAUGGCUCCAUAUGAGAUGCUAUACGGUAGGAAGUGCCGAACUCCGGUAUGUUGGGGUGAGGUUGGUCCGCGUGAACUCACACAUAAGGAUAUAGUCGGACUCAUGAAUAAAAAGAUUGACAUAGUCCGAGCUCACCUGAAAGCGGCUCAAGAUCGACAAAAGGCGUAUGCAGACAAACGAAGAAGGCCAAUAUAG